AUGCCACCAUCAUCACUUGAAGCCUCCGCCAUAGCCACCCAACUUAUCCAAAAAUGCACCACCACCACCUCACUCAGGCAAGCCCGUCAGCUUCACGCCAUUCUCCUAACGUCCGCAUGUUCCCUUUCCAGAACCCCAUACUUAUACAACAACAUCCUCUCUAUGUACGGGAAAUGCGGUUCCUCUGUGGAUUGUCGACUUGUGUUCGACAAAAUGCCUCAACGAAACUUAGUGUCAUGCAAUGCGCUCAUUUCCACAUAUUCUCGUUUUCCUCGCCAAGCACAUUUGGCCUUUUGGGUGUUUACACAGUUGGGAAAUGAGGGGCUCGUGCCAAAUGGGUCGACAUUUACGAGCCUUUUACAGGCGUCAGCUAGCCUUGAGGAUGGGAUAAUGGGGUCUUCGGUGCAUGCACUGUGUUUGAAGUUUGGAUGCUUGAAUAAUAUUCGCGUUCAAACAUCUCUGCUCACGAUGUAUUCGUAUUGUGGGGAUAUGGAUUGUGCUAAGAAAGUGUUUUCCCUUAUGGUGGAUAAAGAUGCCACAGCUUGGAAUGCCAUAAUUUCUGGGUAUGUGAAAAAUGAUGGGAUAGUUGAAGGCCUUGAACUUCUUCGCGGGAUGUUCAGGGAUGGGAUUUGUCCAACACAAUAUACGUAUUCAAUGUUAUUGAAUGCUUGGGGGAGGUUAAGGGAUUAUAAUUCUGGGAAAGUUGUUCAUGCCCGAGUGAUUGUGUCAGGGACAUAUGUCGAUUUGCCUUUGAACAAUGCACUGCUAGAUAUGUACAGCAGUUGCAGUGAUACUGUCGCUGCAAAUCACGUCUUCAGGAAAAUUGAGAAUCCAGAUUUGGUUUCAUGGAAUUCAAUGAUAGCCGGGUAUUCAGAGAACGGAGAUGGAGAGAAGGCAGUAGAUAUGUUUGUUCAACUAUGUCGAGUGUCUUUAGCUAAACCAGAUGCAUACACGUUUGCAGCAGUUACUUCUGGGAUAGGAGCAUUUCCAGCUCUAGAUUACGGAAAACCACUCCAUGCCCAAAUUGAGAAGGCAGGAUUUGUGAGGAGUGUCUAUGUUGGGAGCACACUGAUAUCCAUGUAUUUCAGCAAUGGCGAGAUUGAUUCUGCUCAUAAGAUUUUCUACUCAAUUUUGCUAAAGGAUGUUGUUCUUUGGACUGACAUGAUUGUUUGGCAUAGUAGAAUAGGUGAUGGCGAGAGCACUAUUAAGUUAUUCCAUGCAAUGUCACGGGAAGGCUAUAAGCUUGAGAGCUUUGCACUUAGUGGAGUUUUAAGUGCAUGUGCCGAUCUUGCAACUCAGAGACAAGGCAAGAUGAUUCACUCCCAGGCCAUAAAAACAGGAAACGAUUCUGAAAUCGCUGUUUGUGGAAGCCUGGUCGAUAUGUAUGCUAAAAACGGAAAACUUGAAGCUGCUGAAUCCAUAUUUUUUCUUUUGCAAAACCGCGAUUUGAAGUGCUGGAACUCGAUGAUUGGAGGAUAUGGUCACCAUGGGAAAGCAGAGGAGGUUUUUCUAGUUCUUAACAAAAUGUUGAUACAAGGCAUGAAACCAGAUCAAGUAACGUUUAUAUCUCUACUUGCUGCUUGUAGCCAUUGUGGCUUGGUGGACAAGGGUAAGUUCUUCUGGAAUUAUAUGAAGGAAAAUGGUUUGAAACCCGGGCCUAAGCACUAUUCUUGCAUGAUAAGUUUGUUAAGUCGAGCAGGACUAUUAGAGGAGGCUGAGGAAAUGAUAAUCCAAUCACCCUUUGUAGAUUAUCAUCUUGAAUUAUGGAGAACUCUCUUGAGCGCCUGUAUCACAAAUGGAAAUUUUAGAAUCGGAAUCAAUGCUGCUAAGCAGAUUUUGAAUACCAAUGCAGAAGAUUGUGCAGCAAAUGUACUGCUUAUGAAACUAUAUGCUGCAGCAGGGAGAUGGGAUGAUGUUGCAAAAACGAGGAAGAAAGUGAAACAAUUAAUGUUAGAGAAAGAACCAGGUUUAAGCUGGAUAGAGGUCACAAAUAACAUGCAUGUAUUUUCUUCUGGUGAUCAAUCACACCCACAAAAUGAUGAACUGCAAGGUGAGUUGUGUAGAGUUAUGGGUAACCUGAUGCCUAUGGAAGCAGAUGAGAUGUGUGUAAAUUUGUUUAGGUACAUUGUCCCAAAAAAUAACCGUUACACUUUUUGA